UUGAUGAUUCCCCAGAUGCUGCCUCAAAAUCACUUUCCGAUAAUCAAACAGCCGAUGUUGGAGUUCGAGAUAAAACCAUAGAUUUCGACCAACAUGGUAUUGUUCUAACUGGCACAAUCAAGAGCUCAUCGUUCUCAGCUUCGUCUAUGAAUAAGACGGAACAGGCUACAGGCGACAUGUACGAUAGCCCGACGUUCGAUGGUCUAAAAACCAUUCCGAAUACCCCCUGUAACACCUUACAAGCCGAUGGUUCUGGUCAAAGCGACCAGACCAAGACCGACAGUCGUGAAGCAACUCCUUAUGAUACCAUCAGCAGCCUAGCAUCAGAAAUAACACCAACGAACAACACCGGUUCCUUUAUCAUGCACUCUGGAGGGCGCACUAUUGUGGCCGAGCAGGACAACAAGAUACUAAUUUUGGAAUAUGAAUGGCUUGGAACAAAUGAAGAGGUCGAUUUUAGUCGAAACGAGACUUGUCUUACAGUAGAGGGACACAAGUUUGUUGCACGUCUGAAGUGGUCUUUUGUCGUACCAAUCGAGCUGCAUACCCCUAAGCGAUGUGCAAGCGUCAUGACUGACACAGAUGAGCCCCUUGUUGAGGAUGAACAACGCAAGAAGAGAAGGAUCACAUAACUAGAAAUAUGCAAGCCACGAAUCUGAUUCUAGUGGCAGCAUGGGAGAGGCUCAAAGUAGAACAUAGUCUCAAUCUUU